AUGGCCCUCCCAGCGCAUUUUCCCUUGAAAGUUGCCGGUGGAAAGACUGUCCAGAUCCCAUCUGUCGGAUUUGGGACCUGGGGUGGAGGCAAUCCAGGGUGGUGCAAAGAGGCCACAUUGACGGCUCUGAGACUGGGGUACAGACAUCUAGAUUGUGCUUGGAUAUAUGGUGUGGAUGAAGAAGUUGGAGCCGCGAUCCGAGAAUCAGGAAUCCCCCGAUCCGAGCUGUUCAUCACGACCAAGUUCUGGCCGCACUUCUCCGCCCCCGAGAACCUGAAGCUAUGCCUGGACCAGUCCUUGAAGAAGAUGGGCCUUGACUAUGUCGACUUGCUCCUGGCGCACUGGCCCGUCGCAUUCCAACCGAUAUCGAGGGACGCCCUUGAGAAUGCAAAUAACCGUGCCUUUGUCUCCAAGUCCGAGAAGGGAAUCUUGGUGGAGCCCGGCACAGACAAAGCAGUCAUUGAUUGGGAACAUACCACCCACAAUAUCGCGACCCAAGCCGGCCACACAGGCAGCUACGUUCCUACGUGGCAGGCGAUGCAGAGACUAGUAUCGGCCGGCAAGACACGAGCUGUUGGGGUUUCCAACUUUUCCAUAUCCGAAGUCCAGGAGCUCUUACCUUACGCUCGAGACGUGCCGGUAUCUUGCAAUCAGGUCGAGGUUCAUCCCUGGCUACCGAAUAACGAGCUCAUCUCGUUCAUGAAGGAGCAUGGCAUCGUUGUCACUUGCUACUCUCCAUUUGCAGGUCAAAAGGCGGACGGAGAGACGCUCCUCAAAGAUCUUACGGUCAAGAAGAUCGCCGAGAAGAAUGGGAUGGACGUCGGGCAGUUACUGCAGAGUUGGGCUGUUCAGAGAGGCACUGUACCCCUGGGCAAGAGCCAGACAGAAGCGCGAAUCAAAUCUAACCUCGCAAUAAAGGAGCUUUUGUCAGAAGAUAUGAACGCCCUCGAUAGGCUCGAGAUUCCGGGCGGCAAGGGGAGGACGAUUGACUACAGUGACGAGUGGGGAAUCAAUCUCUUCUCCAAUUGA